UAUGCAAAUGAAGGACGCCUGAAAUAUUCCCCUCCGGCUCGGAGCAGGGCAGAGACUUACACGGACUGAGCGGACGACACGCACCAAGGCCAAGCGGUGGAUUUCUAUGUUUUUUUUUUUUUUUCAUCUGCUCGGACCCGUCCGUCUGUCACAGACACCCCCGGCCACAUGAGCAGCGACACGUCCAGAGGCGUGUAGCCAGACAACAGGUCGGACUAUUCCGAGGAAACCUGUCAGGAUCCGGCGGCAAGACUGUCUGUCGGGGAUAAGCGUCCGUAUACCUUCCGAUAUCCCGAGUGAAGUCGGAGGUGGCUUUCUGCUCCAUCCCUGCUGCGGGCAUCCUACUUCCAUAUAUAUAUACACGAGUGUCGGGAGGAGAAACCGCACACCUCCAGAUCCCUGGAUCGUCCGAACAGAAUUUUAGGAUCUCUCAACUAUUGACAUUUUUUUUUUUUGCACACCAAGUGUGUUUGUUAUCUUCGUUUCUUCUCCUUUUUUUUUCGGGGAUACGUACAGUGAUUUUUUUUUUUUACACUUGUUCGUUUCACUUUUAAGUGCCUUACUUACUAACUGGUCAAACUCGAGCGUAACGUCGUGGCAGUGUCACCACAGCAGUGACACUCCAGACAAAGAGAAAGGAUAUUACUAUCGUCCCCCCCCCACCCCACACCCCGUCCCCCCACCCCCCCCCACCCCGCCGCCACAUCUUCUCCAGAGAGCUGCAACCAUGAGCCAGGCGGACGUGUCGACCUGCUCCGUGCCGCAGAGGGUGUUUCAGGAGGCGGUGAAGAAAGGCAACACGAAGGAGCUGCACUCGCUGCUGCAGAACAUGACGAACUGCGAAUUCAACGUCAACUCCUUCGGUCCCGAGGGACAGACUGCGCUGCACCAGUCGGUCAUCGAUGGCAACCUCGAGCUGGUCAAACUGCUGGUUAAGUUUGGUGCCGACAUCCGGUUGGCCAACAGGGAAGGGUGGAGCGCUUUACACAUCGCCGCUUUCGGAGGCCACCAAGACAUUGUUUUAUACCUCAUCACCAAGGCCAAGUACUCCUCUGGUGCCCGGUGAUCUGUCUGCUGUCAGGUAAAAAAAAAAAAAAAAGGAAAAAAAAUCAAUAAAUAAAAUUUUAAAAAAAAUCAAUAAAACACACGAAAAGUCAGGCUCUUGUAAUAUAAACUGCUAUUUACCUAUAUAGUUGUGCCAAAUUACAGGCGGAUAAUAAGGACGAUACAGUAAGCCUACACAAGAUGACUUCCCUUAUUUGAGAAAAAAAGAAAAGAAAAAAGAAAAACCAAACGGGGCCUCCUCUGACUCGUGAGUGAAACACCACAUGGUUUACAUAGCGCGUAGCAGCUUCAGCAUGAACCUUAACAAACAAAAGAGAAAAGGAAAGAAAACACACAUACACACACAAAAAAGACAAACAAAACAAAAAAGAAGAAACGCCAUUUCGGUGGGUUUGUUGGUACUAAAGCUUUCCUCUUGAAUGUGUAUAAUAGAUAGUGACGUCCAGUGUAACAGAAGCCCAGUCGUUGUGUGGUAUAUUGUGCGUGUUUGUAACUCUCGAGCGCGGAUGGCCCGGUUUGCACGCGGCGACCUCCUAUCACCUUCGUUCGAAGCUCGCGCCCGACCUGCACCACACUCUCACCACGUCGUGGCACCCACCCGUCUCCGAGAUGUCCUCUACACAACUACGGCACUUGAUGCUACAAUGGCUGCAUGCUGGAAUAUCUGAAAGGGAAGACACAUUGAAACACAUGGUUGCCCCCAACCCGGCUCCCAUAGGUCUACUCUCUGUUAUCGAUAGGGAUUUGUUUUUGUUUUUGUCUUUGUCUCGUGUUGUUAUAGAGCGGCAUUAUAUCCAAUCUGCUUUUCAGAUGUGUAAUCAAUAUGUAACAUCUUUCGACUUCAGCAAAUGUUGUGAAGUACUGUACACAAUAGCUUUAUUUUUGUUUCAGUGUAAAAAAAAAAAAGAAAAGGAAAAAAAAAGAAAAGAGGAAGAGGAAGAGGAAGAGUAGCUGAAUAUGCUCCUGUCUACUCGGAGCAGACCUUCUUGCCAUGCUGGCGUCCACCCUCGCAGGCCAGUGCGACCGCUUCUGCCGGUGGUCAAAUGUGUUAUUGAAACCCGCUGCUUUCGCUUUAGUGUCAAAAAAAAAAAAAAACAGUCCCAUUCGGAAUUCACUUUAUAAUCUCCUCUCAGUAUUGUUAUUAACAUCCUAGUCAUCACUGUGAAAGCAGGCUGGGGUUUUUGUUUUGUUUUUUUUUCUUUUAUUUAUGAAGGUACAUUGAAAAGAUGCAUUUUUUUUUCGAUUAUGUCGUGGUUCUUAAAAAGAAAAUCUAUGAGUUUAAGAAUACCUAGGGUGACUCAAGCUGCUUCAGAUUCGUAGUAUAAACUGUCCCACACACAUGGAGGUAACCCCUCCACCCCCCAAAAAAGAGAAGCCUCAGUUGUCCUGUAAACCCUCAAGAGAGACCCCUACACACACACAGAGAGAGAGAGAGAGAGAGAGACUUUGGUUGCCUUUUGCCAACUACCUCGAGUAUAAAGUAUUCUCCAGUCACGCCGCUCUUGUUAUUCUAAGCUGUUUGGAGUCCAACACCUUGACACGCACCGUCUGUGAUCAUCAGUAUGCCAGUAUGCUUUUUUUUUUUUUUUGUAGCCUAACAGAUGGACUUGAUGCAGGAGGCUGUCUCCAUCCACGCUGCGUCUUCAUCCUACCCAUCCCUGUAUCCUCAGCCGGGACAGUUUAUCAUACACUACAACCAAACUCAUUCUGACAAGCAAAGCUUCUUCUUCUUCUUCUGUUGCUUCUUUUGUGAGGUAGCCUAUGGUCCACACACACACACACACACACACACACACACACACACACACACACACACACACACACACACACACAUGUAUGGCUACACAUGUGCACACACACACAUGCACACACAUGCACACACACCCAAAACUGCCACUGUUCUAUGUAUCUUCUUUUUUUUUUCUUUUCCCUUUGAGUCUCGAUUUUAUCUCUCUUCGUCAGCUAAAUGCCUUUGGUCAUUUCGUUUUAAAGUUUCUAUUUCCAUGCAUACAAAAUGGAAUUUUAUCACAUGACUUAAGAUGCAGGGAGUUUUUAUUGCACAAAAAUACAGAGCCUCGUGCACCCCCAGUGUCUCUGCGGGAUCACUGCAGGAGCCAUGGCUUUGGAAGAGUUACUACUUACUACUGAGCAGGGCCCUAUUACUGUUGGACGAUGAAGACUUUAAAGAAACACAUGACUAUUGCAGGACAUCGCAAAAAAAAAAAAGAAAAGAAAAAAAAAUUGAAAAAUAGAGAAAAGAAAAAAAAACAGGAAUUUGGUUUCAAAAGCUUGCCUGCUGCAUUUUUUUGAAAGUCGUGGCACCCUAACGUUUAUAUCAAUGCUGCUUUUGUGUAUUUUUUCGGUUUGUUUUCUGUUGAUUUAUUUCUUUUAAUUAUUUUUUUUUUCAAAAGCCUACUGCCUGAUGGCCGAUAGUUAGAGAUAGACGCCUCACAGCAACGAUGGGGAAUUUCACGAGGAGCUGUGCGCGUGUGUGCGCGCGCGCGUGAACGUGUGCGCGCGCGUGCGAGGGGGAGAAAAG